UAAAAUAAGAAUAAUUAGACUCCACAGAGCAUUACACUUCUAAUAACAAUAACCCCCUUUUUUUUUUUCUAGAAGGCAUAUAAGACUAGAGUCCCAAGCAAUGUUUUUGUAGUGAAAAACAAUACAGAAUAAAUUCAAAUUCCACAUUUUUAUUCAAACCCAAAUUUCAUUCACAUAUUGAACAGAAAUUGAACUUAUCAUGUGCAUGUGUAUAUAUAGGAUAUCAAUCUUUGGUUCAUUUUCGUAAAUGGCUAUACUAAAGAAGCCAAAUUGCUAUCUCCUUGUUUUGGCAGUGGUUUUUCUUUCAGGGUCUUUGUGUGUUGGAGCUGGAAAUGAGUAUGCAUCAGCAGUGGGUGAUCCGGGCAUGAGAAGAGAUAGUCUAAGAUUGGCAAUAGAGUCAUGGAAUCAGUGCAAUGAGGUUGGAGAAGAAGUUCCUUACAUGGGCAGCCCAAGAGCUGCAGAUUGCUUUGACAUAUACAAGGCUUCUCCUCAGGCAAAAGGAAAGAAUUGCUCCAUCUGCAGUUUGCUGCCCUACAUGUUGGUGCACAGAGUCACAGAGGAAGACAACAAACUAGGUGUUGGAGACCCUUUUCUUGGAGUGCAACCAAAGUCCCUUUAUGAUGUAAAUCUUUAUGCUGCAGAGAAAGAACUCUACUUAGGCUCUAAAUGUCAAGUUGAAGACAGUCCAAAUCCAUGGCAGUUUUGGAUGAUCAUGCUCAAGAGUGGGAACAUGGACACUUAUGCAGCCAAGUGCCCCAAAAAUGGCCACAAAGUGGGACCUUUUGGCCCUGAUUCUGGGUUUCCUUGCUUUGGACAAGGGUGCAUGAACCAACCAUUUAUUUAUCAUGACUAUACUAGUCUGCAAGGGCCUAAUAGGACUACUCUUAAAGGUAGAUUUUAUGGGACAUGGGAUUUGGACGCUGAUUUGAGAAAAGGAUUGUUGGGUAACAUUUCUUACCAUUCUGUAAGUUGGGAGAAGGAAGUUGGAAAGGGCAGUUGGGUUUUCCACCAUGUCUUGAGGACUUCAACAAAGUAUCCAUGGUUGAUGCUUUACUUAAGAUCGGAUGCCACAUAUGGACUUUCUAGUGGCUAUCAUUACCCCACAAGGGGAAUGUCCAAAAUUAUACCAGAAUCACCAAACUUUAAGGUGAGGUUCACUUUGAAUGUAAUUAAAGGUGGGGGUCCUAGCAGUCAGUUUUACCUAAUGGACAUGGGAAGCUGUUGGAAGAACAAUGGACAACCUUGUGAUGGAAAUGUCACUUCAGACGUUACUCGAUACAGUGAAAUGAUCAUAAACCCUAAUACAAGUUCAUGGUGCCAUCCUAACAACCUUAAUGUCUGCCCACCCUACCACACAUUUGCCAAUGGAACACGUGUUCAUCGCAAUGACACUGCUCGCUUCCCUUAUGCAGCCUAUCACUUGCACUGUUCUCCAGGGAAUGCAGAACAUCUUGAGGUGCCUUACAGUUUGUGUGAUCCAUAUAGCAAUCCUCAGCCUCAGGAAAUAUUGCAGAUUUUGCCGCAUCCUGUUUGGGGUGAGUAUGGAUAUCCAACUAGCCAAGGUGAGGGUUGGAUUGGUGAUCCAAGAACAUGGGAGCUUGAUGUUGGGAGGUUGUCACAAUCCCUUUACUUUUAUCAGGAUCCAGGGACUCCUCCAGCUAGGAGGCAAUGGAUGUCUGUUGACUUGGGAACUGAAAUUUUCAAAGCCCCUGAUCAGGUUGCCGAAUGGACUGUUAGUGACUUCGACAUCGUUGUAUCUAAGCAAUAAUGGCAGCUAAGAGACAUUACAAUUUCGAGUCAACACAAUGAAUUUUUUAAGGGAGAUAGAUUAGCCUCAACCCAAAGGGUUCUUUCUUUUUUCUUUAAAAGAGUAGUUUUUAGGAUUUAUUCUACAACACUUCAAGGUUCUUACUCUUUUUUUUCCUGCUUUUCCCUGCCAAGUCUGCAGAAUUCAAUCUGAUGUCUUCUAUAUUUUUUCAUCUGAAUCAGCAUAAUGUACAACUUGUUCUUGUUUUAUCAAAUUCUGUUUGGUUUUUGUUGUU